GCACACACACACAUACACGCAAGAAAAACAAGUUUUCUGGGCUUGUGAGGAAAAGAAAGGAGAAAAGAAGGAGUCCAUUUUACGAUGUGAUGCUUUCCUGUGAAACCUUAGACAAGAUCUUGGAUAUUAGAAGACUCUAGGACUCUUUAUGCCAAUAGAGCUGCUUUAUAAUCCAGUAUCUGCUCUACCUUUCCUGCUUUGUAUUGCCUUCAAGUAUCGCAGUUCAAGGUUUAGUGAUUAGGCUUAAAGAUUCAACGAGUAAUCCAAAGAAAUCUGUUCAAGUGGGCAUCUGUCCACAGGUUACUUGAAUUUCAGUUAGUGGAACAGAAAUGCCACCAACACGAAGAAACUCCCCUGUACCUCCACCUCCUGACGGAGGCUGGGGCUGGGUUGUGGUUGGAGCAGCUUUUAUUUCCAUUGGAUUUUCGUAUGCAGUCCCCAAAGCUGUCACAGUAUUCUUCAAAGAAAUCCAGCAAAUAUUCAACACUUCCUACAGUCAAAUAGCGUGGAUAUCAUCCAUUAUGCUGGCUGUUAUGUAUGCUGGAGGUCCCAUAAGUAGUGUUUUGGUGAAUAAAUAUGGCAGCCGUCCAGUGGUGAUAACAGGAGGCUUAUUAUGCUGUUUGGGAAUGGUCUUGGCCUCUUACAGUAACAGCGUAAUAGAGCUUUAUCUCACUGUGGGAGUCAUUGGAGGUUUAGGUUUAGCUUUCAAUCUGCAACCGGCCUUAACAAUAAUUGGCAAAUACUUCUAUCAGAAACGACCCAUGGCAAAUGGAUUGGCCAUGGCAGGAAGUCCUGUCUUCUUAAGUACAUUGGCUCCUUUCAAUCAAUAUCUUUUUAAUAAUUAUGGCUGGAAGGGAAGCUUCUUGAUUUUAGGAGGUAUAUUUUUGAAUGCCUGUGUGGCUGGGGCCCUCAUGAGACCCCUUGAACCCAAAAAAAUGAAAUCUAAAAAUAAGAUAGGUAUAAGAGCAGAAGAUUCAGAUCUGAAGGAAACCCAGGAGAAGGAAUCAACAUGGCAAAAAAUUAAUAAAUAUUUAGAUUUCUCCCUUUUUAAGCAUAGAGGAUUCCUGAUAUACCUAUCUGGAAAUGUCAUCAUGUUUUUAGGUUUUUUUGCCCCCAUUAUAUUCUUGGCUCCAUAUGCUAAAGACAGGGGAGUCGAUGAGUAUUCUGCAGCUUUGUUGCUGUCUAUUAUGGCUUUUGUUGAUAUGUUUGCUAGACCUGCUGGAGGAUUAAUUGCAAACUCCCAGUUUAUUCGACCUCGAAUCCAGUUCUUCUUCAGCUUUGCCAUCAUGUUCACUGGAGUAUGUCACCUCUUGUGCCCAUUGGCACAGGACUACCCAACCCUAGUGCUAUAUGCUAUAUUUUUUGGCCUUGGAUUUGGGAGUGUUAGCAGUGUCCUCUUUGAAACCCUCAUGGACCUCGUUGGUGCUAAAAGGUUUUCCAGCGCAGUGGGACUUGUCACGGUUGUGGAGUGUGCCCCAGUCCUCCUUGGCCCUCCUAUUGCAGGUAAAUUGGUGGAUAUAACUGGAGAAUACAAGUACAUGUACUUAGCCAGUGGGACUAUGGUAGUCACAUCAAGCAUCUGGCUGCUCAUUGGCAAUACUAUAAACUAUAGAUUGCUUAAAAAGGAACAGCAGAAGAAAGACGCAAGAAAGAAGAACAUGCAAAGGCUUGAGUCUGCAGAAUCUGAACCCUUGAGCAAACAUAAACCUUAUGAUGAUGUUACUGUCAAAAUUUCCAAAUCACACCACAAGCCCUCAGAAAGAGAAACUAAUAUUUAAAAAAAAUCACAUCUCUGAUUUCAGUGUUCAUACAUUUUCUAAGGAGUUUGAUUUUUGUGUUUUAAAAAUAUUAGAAAAGUUUGGUGUUAAAAUGAGGAGUCAAAAAAAGAUGGAGAUGAGAUCCUGUAGCAUCAAUUUUGGUACUUUUUUCAAAUUUAUUUUGGGUAGCUAAAAUGUGAGAUUAUGCAAUGGGUUUGGUUCCCUACAUGAGCCUGAAUAUGGUGUCUAAAAUAUUAAUUUUAAAGUCUGUCAGUGACUUCCAAUCUUGGUUGCAUAGAGAAAUCUGAAACUGAAGCCCCUGGUUUAAGUUGUGGAUACAGGAGUAUAUUUAAACCCAUGAUGGCCCUCUUCAUAUUUAUCAUUUAUCUGAUAUUAAUGCAGGAAACAGAAUUGAGAAAAAUGCAUUCUCUCCUCAUACUCUCACAUUCAUACCCAAAGGUACACAGAGUAUCUGGAGAACAAAAACAAAUUCAUAAAGAAUAUUACUAUGGUAAUAUAUUUUUUUAAUUAACAACAUACAGAAGGAGGCAAAAAAAGUAUCAUGUCUACAUGCUAUUUUACAAUGUAGAUUUCUGUGAUAAGCACAUGGGUAAAAAAAGGUGCCUUUAAUUAAAAAAAACACAACUAACUGCUAUCAAAAAAUUUGCAUACAUGAAAAAAUUGGAUAAAGAGAAUAAAAUCCAUUGUAAACCUUUAUUUCUUAGUGUUAUUAGAUUUGAUUAAUUCUCACACAUGGUUUCUUUUAGGCAGGCCAAGCUGUUAGUAUGUGAUGCCAGAUAAUAGACUCCUCAAAGUAUUUUAAGAGUUAUCACCUACCAUGUAAACCAAAUUAAAAGUCCACAUGACUUAAUACUCUAUGUCCAUUGAUUUUAAAAAGGAUUUUAGUUUAUAAUACAGAAAGUAAUAACUGGGCGUUUCUUCUUACCAGGCCUCAAACCAGAUUCCCUGUCAUCCUGAAAUAUCAAAGUAAAUAAAUGGAGUCCUAGUUGACAAGUUUAUCAGUAGACCAAAUUCUGAUUUUUCUCAACAGGCAGUGGUGCUCAGAUGGUACUAGUAUGAGUAUCCCAUCCAACUACAGUUGAUAAUGUGAGGUAGUUUUAAUAAGUCCUCUAAACUCUUUCCACAAAAUGUAAAAGCAAAAGUCACCAUAAACAGGCCUUCUAGUCAGUCAUUGGAAGUGUCUCAGAUGACAAGAACGACAGCACCUGAAAGUUCUCCUCUCUUCCUCCUGGCUGUGGGCAUAACUAAACCAGGAAACUGCUAAAACGCUUUUAGAAAUGGACAUGGUGUGAGUGCGGCCCAGGUUAAUUUAGCAGUUUAUUUUCAUAGAAACUGUUCUGUGGAAACAUCUGGGAAUCUGGAUCACUCUUAAACGUAUGAUAGUGCUGUGCUUUCCAAACUAUUGUAUCAUUUCGACUGAGAAAGUUCUCUAAACAAGGAUGACACUACACAUUAUGGCUAAAAUUAUAAAUAUUUUAUCCAUAAAUUUGAAGUUUCAAUUGACGCUCUGAUAAAUAAAAACACUUUAGUGCUUAAUUAUUGAAGUGAUGCCACUCUUAAGAUGUCAAAGAGAAUUCGCUUUUCAUUUUUUUUUUAUAGCAGUAGACGCAGGUGCUAUUGUUAUUUCCUUGGAGAUUACACUUGAAUUGCAAGCAUUUGAAAUGGUUAGCAUUAAAGAUGUUAUUCAAAAAAUUAAUGCACUGUGUAAGCAUGUGGCUCAUAUUUAAAAAGCUAUCUAGAACUCCAUUUUCAUUUAAUAUUUGCUUUUUUGCAUAUGAAGAGGUAUUUCUAUUUUUUAAAUAUUAAAUAAAACAAGACGUGCCAAUAUAGUAUGUAAAUAAAUUAGGAAAAAUGUGGCAGCACAUAGCUGUCUUUAAUGUAGUUAUACCCAGUCUUGACUCUCAAAGUAGCUAUAUUUAUAUUGCUAGUGCUUUUGUAAGUAAUUCUGACUCUUCCUAAGAGAUGCAACAUCACAAAUUGAGUAGUAUCUGUCCACUUAUAAACAUUUCCAAAGAAAUGGCUGGAAUUCUCUGAAAAUACACAUUUAAACUAAGAUAGAUAUUAGACUCCGGUGUGAUUAGUUAGAAAAGUAAUGAUCAAUGGUUUUAGGUAUAAGGCUAUCCUUUUUCUUUUUCCAAUUUUUGCUAUAGGAGGAUAAAUGUGCUUGCUAGAGAGGCAGAGAGAGAG